UCAAUCCUAACCUCAAAUAUUUGCUUGUUUUGUUUUGGUUUCGGCCAGGUUUCGGCAAUCGGGUAACAUUGGGAUAAACUUACUCAGUUAACUGCACCUACUAUCUUGGUCUCCGAUCAUGGCCUCUUCAACAUACGCUCCUGAGAAUGAAGAAGAUGAUGACGACUAUGCUGAUGAACCAGACUCAGAAUUUUUUAAUUUUCCUCCUGAAGUCCAAAAUGCAAUUGAACAGGUGAUUCCUAGCACAGACCCAUUGGACAAGCCAGAUUUCAAUGCCGUGAAUUAUAUCAAUUCUUUGUUUCCAACUGAGCAAUCUCUAUCAAAUAUUGAUGAUGUCAUUAAUAAAAUGGAGGACCAGAUUCAGUUUAUUGAUGAGGAGAUCAGGGAUGGGCGGGCAGCUCUUGAGGAUGCGCAACGAGUCAUUAGAAAACUCUUUUCACAUGUCCGUAAUAUCAAAGAAAAGUCAGAAAAAUCAGAAGAAACCGUGCGAGAAAUAACAAGAGAUAUCAAACAGCUUGAUUGUGCCAAGCGGAACCUCACGUCAGCAAUCACAACUCUCAACCAUGUGCACAUGCUAUUUGGUGGCGUUGAAAACCUCAAGAUUUUGUCAGCAAAAAGACAGUAUGGAGAGAUAGUAAAUCUUCUGCAAGGUAUAAUUGAAGUCAUGACUCAUUUUAAAAAUUAUUCGGACAUUCCACAAAUAGCGCAAUUAUCUGUAGAGGUACAAGAAAUUCAGGUUUCUUUGGCGAAGCAAAUCAAUGAAGAUUUUCGUGAAGCUUUCACCGGCCCAAAUGCAAAAAAUUUCAUUCCUACUAAACAAUUAGCUGAAGCAUGCCGAGUUGUUUCAGUUUUAGAUUCAAAAGUCAUGGAAGAUCUAUUAAAAUGGUUCAUCUCUCUUCAGUUGUCUGAGUACAGCCAUUUGUUUCACGAGGCCGAAGAAGGAGCCUGGAUCGACAAGUUAGAUCAUCGAUACAUCUGGUUCAAGAAACACCUCCUGCAGUGUGAAGACAAAUUUGGUGCAAUGUUCCCACCUCAUUGGGAACUUUCAGAACGGAUUACUGUUGAAUUUUGCAACAUUACAAGGAAUGAACUGACGAAAUUGAUGACAAAGCGGAAAAAUGAGUUGGAUGUGAAAUUACUUCUGUAUGCCAUUCAAAGGACGGACAAUUUUGAGAGUUUAUUAGCUCGUCGAUUUAGUGGUGUCACUCUGACAAACAAAAAAACAACAGGAUCUAAACAUGUCUCACAGAAUACCGCAUCUGAGGAUUCGCUAAAAAAUGACACCGAAGAGACUACCUUUAGCCCAGAUUCAGAAGCAUCUGACAGCGCAAAAGAUGCUUCACCGAAUAGUGACUCAAAGCAGGAAGCCACGUCCCCAUUCCACGGAAUAAUAGGACAAUGCUUUCAGCCAUUCUUGUACAUAUACAUUGAAAGCUUGGAUAGAAAUCUGUAUGAAUUAAUGGAACGAUUUGUUGCUGACUCCAAGGUAGAGCUCUCCAAAGCAGAAGCUACUUGCGAGACAAAUUCAGCAGCUGUUUUACCUAGUUGUGCCGACUUGUUUGUAUUUUAUAGAAAAUGUUUAGUUCAAUGCACCCAGCUAAGCAAUGGGCAACCAAUGUUGUCGCUGGCAGCCACCUUAAAGAAAUAUCUUCGUGAAUAUGCCAACAGAGUUUUACAAAAUAAUUUGCCAAAGCUGGGAGGAAACGUUCCAUCUCUAACAGCAAGUGUCAGCAAUAUAACUAGGGACCUCCGAGACUUAUCUUCUGCUGCUGUUCUCAUCCGAGAUUUUUCCCUAAGGUCUGGUCAGUCUGAAGUCAGCAGGUACACACCUCAGGAGCAAGCAAGGACGUGCUUCAUUUUAACAUCUGCAGAAUAUUGCCUUGAAACUACGCAACAGCUGGAAGAGAAACUCAAGGAAAAAAUUGAUCCAACUCUUGCAGAUAAGAUAAAUUUAUCACAAGAGCAAGAUAUUUUCCAUAAUGUGAUAUCUAAUUGUAUCCAGUUACUAGUCCAAGAUCUGGAAAUGGCAUGUGAACCUGCUCUCAUUGCCAUGAGCAAGAUUCAAUGGCAAAACUUUGAAGCAGUCGGAGACCAAAGUGCAUAUGUUGGUGCUAUCACAACUCAUCUAAAAACUACUGUGCCUAUAAUUAGAAAUAAUCUUGCCUCUUCUAGAAAAUAUUUUACCCAAUUUUGUAUAAAGUUUGUCAACUCGUUUAUUCCAAAGUUUAUUCAGUUCCUGUACAAGUGCAAGCCCAUGUCCACUGUAGGUGCUGAGCAAUUGCUGCUUGAUACACAUAUGCUGAAAACAGUAUUGCUAGAUUUACCCUCAAUUGGAUCCCAGAUCAACAGGAAAGCACCAGCUAGUUACACAAAAGUCGUCUUGAAAGGAAUGACAAAAGCUGAACUAAUUUUAAAAGUAGUAAUGUCCCCUGAAGAGCCGGAGAGUGCAUUUGUUGAUCAGUUCUUGAGACUCUUGCCUGAAUCUGAUCUACCGGAGUUCCAGAAAAUUUUAGAAAUGAAGGGACUAAAAACAGCGGAGAAGAAUAGCUUGCUCAGUCUUUUUAGGCCUCGCAACACAAAUUCCUUCGUCACUGGAACAACAAAAAUGGGCAGUCCGAAGCAUGAUAUGAGCAGUAUUAGAAAACUGAAUAACCUAAUCAAAAUCAAUUGACACCUUUUUCUGCCUAGACAACUCGUCUUAAAUUGGCUGUGUACAGUUUUGAGUUGUAUGCAGAUUUCUCUUUUUCAUCAAAAGUCAACAUGCAGGGUAAUUUUCUCAAUGUAAUGAUGCUCUAAAAUUCAAAAAUUGUAUUUUAUAUAGGAUGGA